GAGAUCGGCUCAUUUAUUGCCCUACGGCCCGAUAAGAGCGAGUUUAUCGGAAGUGCCAGCGGUGUCUUCUUCGCCAACACCGUCUUCCGGGCCUUUGCAACAGCAACGACGGGCUCUGGUGGCUCUGCCACCAAGCGCCCUCAGGGGGAUGUAGAUGGCCUCGGAGCCACGGCGACCCCAGACCCUGGGUCUGCCCAUGAAUAUGUCAUGGCAGAGGAAAAGGCCCAGGAGGAGGCCGCUGGAGACGACGGCCUGGGGGACGGUGCCGUGGGUGCGGAAGAUGCGAACAAGAGCCCAGGGGCACGAUCCUACGGCAUUGCAGCUCCUGGAUUAGGGAUUCCUCCUCCUCCGGCCGUUGCGAAGCGGCUCUUGGUGGAAUACUUUAGACGAUGGCAUCCGUUUCUUCCCUUUCUUCAUGGCCCUACCUUUUUUGAAAAGGUGAACCAGUUCUACGAGCCAGGGGGCUCUCCGGCAGAGCCGAUGAGCCGACGCAACAAGGUGUACCAGGCCAUCAUCUUCCAAUGCGUGUUCAACAUUGCAGACUCCAAUCACAAUCAAAAGGAAGAGCGAGAACUGCCCGAAGAAUCUCGCAUCAAAUCUGCUGUUGCGCUUACGAGCCUGCUUGGCGUCCUUUCCAGCGGCCAUGAUAUCCCCUCGUUACAGGCUCUCCUGGCAGUGGAAUUGUAUCUAAUGACUCAGAUGUCUCUACGAGCGGCCUCGACAGUUCACGGAGCGAUGACACGCAUUCUUUAUCACUGCGGCCUGCACAGAUGCCCCUUUCGAUACGUCCAGCUGCCGCGCGACAUCUGCGACAUGAGAAAGAGAAUCUUUUGGUCUGCGUAUGUGAUUGAUCGCCACCUGAGUCAGGUACUUGGGCACCCCUUGGCUCUCAACGACGAAGAGAUUGAUGUCUGCUUGCCUGGGGUACCAGAAGUCCAUAACCCGGCCAAGCCUUUUCAGAAUCUCCCGGCGUCGCGCCCCUCGGCAGCAGAAGAAGAUAUCCAAGACCAGCUUGUGUAUAGACCACAAAGCUUGGGCGAAUCUAUCCUUGGCUUCUUGGUAACCUAUUCGCGGCUGCUCGGGCAGGCUCUCGACCUGUUUCACAAAUCCAUACACAGCCGAUCUAUAACAUGGGAUAAGGUGCUGGAGAUGACUUCGAGGAUCCAUGCUUGGUGGAACACGCUUCCGCCCUCGUUUCAGGGAGAGGGGCUUACGUCCAUCUUUGUAGAGCCGCAGUCUCACCACGGCCCUCCCUUUGCGAUUUUGUAUCACCAGCUUAUUCUCAUCAUGAACCGACCGUUUUUGUCGCUCCCGACGAACAGAACAGAUUUCCAGUUUAGUCUACAAACUGCGGUGAAUGCCAGCCGAGCCAUCGUGAAGAAGCUCAAACUACGGCAGGGAGAUUCUCCCCUGGUGGCUUGGCCGGGAAUGCUGUCGGCGGCAUGGAUGGCUGGGCUGACCAUUGCCUAUGCCGGGUUGUUGAAGCUCUAUCCAAUGGAGAAGACGGUGCUGGAUCUCAACUGCGCAAUACGGCUCCUUGGCAUGAUGAGCCGAAACUGGAGUAGUGCUCAUCACUGCCGAGUGACGCUGAAGAUGCUGCUCGAUAGGUUA